CAUUGCAACCAGCAGUAGUCAACCGGCGGUCAGCGAGUUGUGUCUUGAAAGCUGAGAGUGCUGUUACUGCUGUAUUUCGCCGAAUUACACCCCUGUUAAUUGGAAAAUCGUCUCCAAAGAAGGGCUGCAGGCCGAAUUGAUGACAAUCGUCCGGAUAGACGAGUGAUGGGCUGCUGGCGGAAAUCUGAGGCCAUGAGAGCACGAUGACCACCACCCACCUAGUAUGCUUCACGCUCUUCCGACUGGUCCUGCCACUAUGCCUUGCCACAUUUGUGGCGGUGCGGCAGAAUGGGCUGUCACUCGUGUACCUGCUUCUCUUGCUCUGCCUUCCACUCAUCCCAGUUCCCACACAUGCCACCAUGAAAGGUCACACAGGUCGCUACUUGCAGGCGUUCUUAGUCUUAAGUCUGCUGAAUGUGAUCGCCCAAGUUGCCUUCCAAGUGCUGCUGCUAGCAAUGCCGCCGUACGCCUUCUUCCUGCACAACUGCGAGUGGCUCGAGGUCCUCCUGCGCGCCCUUGGCUUUGUCCGCUUCGACGACAUCGCCCUGCCAGAUGUGGCGCGCAUUGUGGGCCCAGACAUUGGCGCCCUCAUCACCUCCAUCGUUAUGCUCAUGGUCUGCAAAAAUAUGUGCGAGCAGCCAGAGCCCACUCAACCUGACGUUGUCGAGCAACAGUCCAACAAGAGUCUCUCACAUAUUUUCACUUCAUUAGGUAAAUUUUUUGUACUGGGAUCGUUGUGCCUGGCCGGAAGUAUCCGUCCUUCAUUGCCUGGCGCCGUCUACUUUGUCUGCUUUUUGGGUGGCGCCACUGCUUGGGCCUGUCGAAACCCACUGACCAAGGGUUUUGCUCACAUGAUGCAAGGCUGUGCUGCCUUUUGUCUUCUCCAUGUCCUCGCGCUUUUCACCUAUCAAGUUGAGUGGUUUCAGGAAAUUGACGGACUCGGACCAACCAAUCUUACUGCCAGAUUGCUGGGCUUAACUCCCUUGACGAUGACCUCUUGUGAAGAGCCUCGACACGUCAUGCUGGUAGACGCUGAGUGGGCCACAUUUGUCAACCCAUUGGUGCUAUUGUGGCUCUACUUUUUGCUUGUCCAUGAAAGCAAGCAGCUACUUGACCCUGCUGAGGUGUCGGUGGGUUUGCGGAAAGAAGUUUCUAAUGGGCCGCUGUCCCUGGGCAGUAGCAAGCAAAACUCGCUGCUGAGGCGCCAGGGCAGCAGCUCGUUAAACAACAAGAGGCAGACUUCGAGAAGAAGGACUCUCAGGUGGAAGGGUCCAAACGCCCUGGCCAAUCAGCGCAGACUGAUGAGGGGUCAGCAGCCCACAAAUUAUGAGACAGUUACUGACCAGCAGGCUGUCAACGGUGCAAGCCAAGAAGGCAGUGCCGUCAACUUACAGGACUCAACAGGUAGCAGAAUUUGGUGUCCAGAUGAAAUUGCCUUGAAACCAAUCAAAAGUAAAGACAAUCAGCUAGAUGAGGGAGAACAUUUUGAAGAUGCGCUGGAAGAGCAGGAAGAAACAAGUAUCUUUGAGCUUCUUGUUGAUUCAGUCAUGGGAUUACUGAACUUGAUUAUUCGCUCAUCUUAUAUCGCUACCAACAUCAUCAUGAUGGCUUGGAGCAUUGCAUAUCACAGCUGGCUGACGUUUGUUCUUCUUUUGUGGGCCAGUAUUCUUUGGAUCACUCCAAAUCAGCGUCGUGCCAUGUUACGUUGUUCUCCAGCAUUAGCAAUCUAUGCCCAGCUUUUGCUCAUUGCCCAGUAUAUCUACAGCCUUGAUCUGACCAAUGAAGAGCUGCCAGAGACAGUUGAUUGGGUCAACCUCAAACAGAUUGGGCUCAUCAAACCUGAGUAUCUUCCUCUGAAGCCUUUAUCUGUCAAGAGCUCGUUUACCCUGAUGUUUUGGGUCACUUUGCGGCAAUACAUGCAAGAACGCUAUGAGGCCAAACACUCAUCAGCCCUUGUCGGAGGAAUAGCCGAACCAUUCAAUAUCACUGUCACCACAACUGCAAGCGGUCUUACUUCAGAGCUAACUGAACAAACCGAAGGUCAUCAAGCAGCUAGGCAGUCGCUGAUGAGCAAGCUGGGUGCCUGGGUUCAGAGCUUCCUGACAAAGUUCUGGAUCUGGGUAGUGGCAAUCAUGCUUUUCGUCAUUGGCCUGGGUUCAGGUCAAGUUGUUCUUUACAGAAUUGUCUACAUGGCCCUUUUCCUCAUUUUUGUGUUGACAUUCCAAUUUUCAUAUCGUAUUUGGAGGGUAAUGAUGUAUGGCUUCUGGUUGACUGUCAUCGUCUACUCAAUGCUAGUCCUUGUCAUGAUUUACACUUACCAAUUUGACAAUUUUCCUGAGUACUGGUACAAUUAUACUGGGAUACCACACGAGCUGCAACAUGAUAUAGGCUUAGAAAUUUAUGACACUGGCUCCCUUUUUGUACGUCUGCUGACGCCUACGUUCUUCGUAAUUAUCACAGUCAUACAGUUGCAUUAUUUCCACAAAGACUUCCUUGCAAUUUCUGACAUAAGAUACAGGGUUUUAAGUGACAAUGACCCAGAGAGUGGACUCAACUCUCUGACGACUACAAUCCCACCUUCUGGAGCAGUCGUGAAGUCUGGAAAGCAGAUUUCGGAAAAGCUGGCUUUAGACGAGCCUAUAACACCAAAAGAUCUUUCUUAUGAAGCAAUUAGAAAAAUGUCUACAGCCCAAUUUGCAAGACUGGCAAAUAAAACAAAAACUUUGGCUUUUGAGCUUCAGGAACUCCUGUGGCGCCUGCUUGAACUUCACAUGGUCAAGAUCACUUUGAUAUCUGUCAUGCUCAUGGCAGUUAAUGAUGUUUGCGGCGCUCAUGCAAUUUUGGUCGUUCUCAUUGUGGCAGCCAUGCCGCUGGGCACUCGAAUGCAGAGAGCUCUUCUGCAUGUCUGCUCUGGACUGGUUUGUCUCUUAAUUCUCACACAGAUGACCUAUCAGAUCAAAUACAUCAAUCAUUCCUACUGGGAUGUAAAUUGCACAGAUUUGCCAAAUUUUAAUGUCACCAACACGACUGUGCCUAUGAAUGAUGCUGAGUGGCUUGGGGUGAAAAAGUCGUCAGAUCUACCAGAACUUCUCAAAGGCUAUAUCGGUUUGGUUUUGGUUUUCACCUUUCAAGCAGUGGUGAGAACUCGCCAGCAGUAUCAACGGCGCUCAACCAUGUCCGCAGACCCACCUUCGUCCCCAACUUCGAGAGACACAUCUUCCACUGCCUUCACUCCUAUUCCUGUUCUUUUUAAUGGUGUGACCAGAGCCAAUGCUGACGAGGGAAUCAUUACCUGUAUCAAGUACCUCCUCAAUUAUGGCUUUUAUAAGUUUGGUGUUGAGAUUUGCCUUAUGACUUUGGUUAUUUUAAUUGGCACCAGACUAGACAUGUAUUCUAUCAUAUACUCAAUUUGGCUAGCUUUUCUAUUCAAACGACCAAGAUUGAAGUUGAGCCUUGUCUGGAGGUGGCUCAUUAUUUUUGUCUGCGUUCUUACGCCACUACAAUAUUUCUUGUGUGUUGGCUUGCCACCAGGACUCUGCAUUGAUUGGCCUUGGGACAAAAGUGAAACACUUCGACGACUGCAGAUUUGGCUCUUUAUGUCGGACUAUGUCCACCCUCCAGAAUGCCAGAAACUGAUAUGCGAUUUUGUUGUAUUGCUGCUCAUUUGCAGACAACAAAUAGUUUUUAGGGUAGAGAAAGCGGCAGACUCGACAACAUUUGCUGGAGGAAGCAAUGCCGAAGUUUUUGACCAACUCGACGAUUUGCAAGACAAUCCUGUACCAGAUUUUAUCACAUACACUAAGUCUUGGUUGGACAAUAUAAAAAGAGGAGUCCUGAGGCACUUUUACUGGUUCACUUUAAUUAUGGUCCUCGUAACCGGCGUCAAUCGAAACAAUUUAUUUUCUUUGGGAUAUUUGGUUGGCGCUUUCUUCUUCCUGCACCACGGAAACGACCUUUACUUGCUGCCUGUCAGAAAGAUUCUCUACUGGUGGAACAUCUUACUCAGCUACAACGUUGCUGUUAUUGGCUUGAAAGCCUUCACGCAAAUGCUCGGCUGCUUGUUUGUUGGGGAACUUCAGACACACACCUGCUGGCUUGUUCAGCUUCUGAGCAUCACCUGCCUAAGCAAAUUUGGCAGUGAGUCCCAAAGAGCAAGCGUUACAGAUUCUGGAGAGUGCACCGUCUCCUCCGAUCAAACUGGCCUAGUGUGGGAUGGUGUCUGUUUUGGAUUCUUGUUGAUGCAGAGGAGGCUUUUCUCAAGCUUCUACUUUGCAAGGAUUGUGGACGAAGCUAAGGCACAAACUAUUUUAGCAUCAAGAGGUGCUGAGCUGAUUGAGCAGCUGAGGAGAAAGCGGGUUGCUGCUCAAAAAGAGGAGGAACAGCGAGUGUUGGAUAAAAUCAGGACCAAGAUGGAAAGGAUCAAAGAAAACCAGCGAAAGAUGCAAGGAGAGAAUUUCAGAGAGCCGCAGUCCCAUCAAAGAGACAAAAUGCAUCAGGGGAAAAUAAAGCGACGUCCCUCAAGAAAAGUGAAAGCAAUCCGCUCUGGUGACUAUUAUAUGUUUGAAGACUUUGAUGACGAUCUUCUUGACCUGAGCCUCGAUCCAGCAAGAGCAACGGUAGAGGAUGUGGAUGAAGAAGGAGACGAAAGCAAAGUCACCGUCAGCAAGUACCCUGUGUACCCUUACGUGCUGAUCGCCUCUCCUUACCUGCACUGUAACCGCUGCCGCAUUCGCAAACUCCCCUCAUCAUCCCACACCUCGUCUCUUCGUCCACAGUUGCUCAGCACUGCUCUGAAGACGGACAUCGAGACGGCUGCCGAUCAGGCCCUUGUGGCCAACUUGCAGGACUCUCCCAUUCCAAUGGCCGACGAGCCAACGCCAAAACCUAGAAGGAGGAAGAGGAGUACCGUCUCAUACUUGUCAGGAAAAUCAGAACUGGCUCAGCCCUCAACAAGUGUGAGCGCCAGAUCGAGUUUCCAGUCAUCUCGAAUUCCUCCCUUGAACGAGGACGAAGAGCCGGGAUCCCCGUCACCACCACCACCUCCUCCAGGUGGAUCAGGAGGAGCUGCUGGACAAGCAGGAGGAGCUGAUUCCGCCUCAAAGGAGGAUAGUUGGGCAAGCAAAUUGUGGGUGUACAUGAAGUUCUUGUGGGCCCUGCUCCAGAGUGGUGUCGUGAGUGCCACCAAAAAGCUCAAUAAACUCUCCAGAGAUUAUCGCUAUGUGGCCCAAUGCUUAGCAGCAGAAACUCUUUCACUCAAAGAACAGGGAGACUACAGACUGGGUACCAGAGUUGGUCAGGGGAUGUGGAGACCUUUGGCUGUGACUCUGCCCGAAAAAGUGGAAGGAAGCGCUGCUGGUUUGGAGAUCAGAAUUGUGGGUGCAAGUGACGAGGCCACUUUGAACGUAGACCAAGGUGAAAUACAGCAACAAGCUAUUAAUGCUGAUCAGAGGAGCGAGGAGAAAAUACCCAUUCCGACUAUUAAAAUUUGGGCUGCUAGUCUCGAGCGAGGUCUUGACUCGGACAGGGCUGACAGCCCGAUAUCAAUUUCGGACAUUGAUGGACGCGGAACAGCCUUUCAAAAAGACGGAGAACCCAUCUCAUUGACUACAGGCCUAUUCCACGCACUCUGGUUUGCCGUCCUGGCCCAUUCAGAGCUUGUGUGCUAUGGGAUGGUCUUUCUGCAUCAAGUCAAGUCAGCCUCCAUCCUCUCCUUGCCACUGCCACUUAUGGUAUUCCUCUGGGGUUCACUGUCAGUCCCCCGACCAUCGAAGUUCUUCUGGGUCACCAUCAUCGGAUACACAGAGAUGGUGGUGAUUGCCAAGUACCUGUGCCAGUUUGAGUACCUGCCGUGGAACCAGCAGGCCAUACCUUACAACCAGCCCUUCUGGGGUCCCCGAAUCACUGGAGUGGAACGCAAGGAGAUGUAUGCCUUGUUCGACCUGAUGCUCUUACUGGUCGUCUUUUUCCAUCGCUUCAUGCUCAAGUCACUCGGCCUGUGGGGAGAUUGUGACGAAUCAAAGCUCUACGACAUUGGAGAGCCCACUGUUGAUACUGCUAGCAGCCCCACAGUGCGGACAAAGUCGCCUGAGCCGUCAGACAAGUCAUCAAGUAAGGAGAAUGACGAGGAUAUAAGCGAGAUGUCUUCAGCGCCUAUAGAGGGCUGCGGCACAGCAUUGACCAACAAGGUCAAACAGACGGCUGCUAACCUACCAGCUCCUUUGAUUCAAGUGCCAUCAAGGCUCUUCUCAAGCAUUUCUAGCUUCUUCUCAACCCUACUGGAGCCAAGCAGUAGAGUGACAGCUGACGUCUAUGCUUUCAUGUUCAUGUGUGACUUCUUCAAUUUUAUGGUCGUCAUUUUUGGAUUUGCUUCCUUUGGAACUCAGCAAGGAGAUGGUGGUGUUUCGGCCUACUUAGAGGAAAACAAGGUUCCUGUUGCCUUCUUAGUUAUGUUGAUCCUCCAGUUUGCUUUGAUGGUGGUUGACAGAGCUCUUUUCUUGCGCAAAUUUAUUCUCGGCAAGAUUAUGUUCCAAGUCGGAUUGGUAUUUGGUGUCCACCUUUGGAUGUUUUUCCUUCUGCCUGGACUCACUGAGAGGCCAUUCAGUGGUGCUUUGCCCCCUCAAAUCUGGUACUUGGUCAAGUGCCUUUACUUGUUGUUGUCAGCCUAUCAAAUUCGCUGUGGCUACCCAACGAGGAUUCUGGGCAACUUCCUAUGCAAGAAAUACAACUACCUCAACAUGUUCCUCUUCAAAGGGUUCAUGGCUGUUCCAUUCCUAUUUGAGCUCCGAACUCUCAUGGACUGGAUGUGGACCAAGACGAGCAUGACCCUGGGCGAGUGGAUAAAAAUGGAGGAUAUAUUUGCACACAUAUUUCAAUUAAAAUGCCAAAGACGGGCCGAAGCUGCCUAUCCUCGACCCCCGGGCGAAGAGCAAAGGCCCCUUAUCAAGUAUGUUGUUGGUGGCUGCUCUCUUCUUGUGGUGAUUUUCAUCAUAUGGUUCCCAAUGGUUCUGUUUGCCCUUGGAAACACUGUGGGCCAACCAAAUCUACCUUACGAUGUGUCCGUCGAACUGACAAUUGGCCCCUACCAACCAGUUUUCAGAACUUCGGCUCAGAACAGCUCCCUUAUUCCAUUUUCUGAAGGUAAUUGGGAAGCUCUGAGCAAUGUUUACAAGAGAGACAGGGCAGCACAAACUUUCCUUUCAAACUACGACUGGUCGGACGUCCAGGUUGCGAAAAUUGAUAAUUUCUCUAUGUCAGUGUGGACGAUAUCAGAACAGGCGCAGAAAAAGAUGAUGGCUUACGUUCUCUCAGAUGAACCUCUUCUGGUAAAAUUCUCUUGGAUGGUGUCCAGGCACUCGGACAAUCCCAGUACUGUCCCAGUCGUAACAGAGACGCAGACCAACUUCUUAAUGGCAACCCUUCCUAACGGAGAGAGAAAUCCUGAGCGGCUGACUCUAGCCAAUAUGCUCAAUGAUUCUUACAAUGGUUCGUUACUUAAACCGUUGCGACUGCAGAAUCUCUUUCCCAAGUUCAUCAAAGUUUCGAACAGAGGCAAAGCCACAGUAGUCACCCAGCUUAUGAAGAAAAGAGAAAGCACAGAAGAAACGUUCCGGGAUCUGCUGUUGACGUUAGAUCGGGACGAUGAGAACAGAGAGCAUUGGUGGGAGGUUGGAGAGAGUUGCACUGACGAGGAGUACAAAGAUUUACUGUCGCAUUUGCCUUUGAAUGACCGCUGCAAGUCCCUUCAGAUGUACACUUUCAAUGACAAAGCUUUCCCAGCAGGCCUCAGCUUUUUCUCGGGAGGCGGUAUAAUUGGAUUAUACACUACGUUGGUGUUGGUGGCCUCAAAAUUCAUGAGAGGGUUCUUCUCUGGAGUUUGUUUCACAAUCAUGUUUGAUGAUCUUCCAGAUGUGGACAGAAUUCUUCAGCUGUGUCUGGAUAUUUAUUUGGUGCGAGAGUCGGGAGAGCUUAGUCUCGAAGAGGCCCUGGCAGCAAAAUUAAUCUUCCUCUUCCGCUCUCCUUCAACCCUGAUUAAAUGGAGUCGACCGAGAGAAGAAGAAGACGGCUCGGAAGCUUCGAGCGAUGAAGACUUGCGUUCAAGACAAGGCAGCAGACAACAAGCCAUCAUGCAGUAACAACUAACUGCAUCCUAGACUUACCAAAGAUUCAAGCCUUUUUAUUGUAAAUUAUUGUAUGCAAUCACCUCAUCAUAAUACUCAUUUUCUUUAAAUUCAAGAAAUAUUUUUUAAGGUGCACUGCGAGUUGAUGUUUUGUUCUUAUCAAAUUAAAAGCAAUAGUAAGACUUGAUGUUGUACUUUACGCACAAUUUGACCCACAAAUGGGGUGUAAAUUGAACUGAUAUUUUUAUCAAAGCCAGUAACACCUCAUUUUUUGCCUUAUUCAAUUUAACUAGCAGUAGAUUUAUAAAUUAUAACCAAGGCAUUUUCCAUACCAUUUUAAUAUCUGAGCGUACACUUAAAUGUGUGUAAAUGGAAGAAAAGAUUAAUUUAUUGUAUAAUGUAAGCUUCAUACCUUUGCAAAUUUUUAAAAGUUGGAAUUGUAAACAAUGAGCAAAAAGAUUAAAAUUACUUAAUCUAAGAGAUCAGAGCUGAGCC